UUUGAAAAUUAAAUUCGAAAUAAAAUAAUUAUGAUAACCAAACUAGAUUACUUAUUACAACUUUCCUAAAACAUGGGUAAGCCAAGAGGUUUAAGAACUGCUAGGAAAUUAAAAAAUCAUAGAAAAAAACAAAGAUGGAAUGACAAAUCUUUUAAAAAGGCUCAUUUAGGUACAGCAUUAAAAGCCAAUCCAUUUGGAGGUGCAUCUCAUGCGAAAGGAAUAGUUUUAGAAAAAAUUGGCGUUGAAGCUAAACAACCAAAUUCCGCUAUUAGGAAAUGUGUUAGAGUACAACUUAUUAAAAACGGUAAAAAGAUAACAGCAUUUGUUCCUAGAGAUGGAUGUUUGAACUAUAUAGAAGAAAAUGAUGAAGUUCUAGUUGCAGGCUUUGGUAGAAAAGGUCAUGCUGUUGGUGAUAUUCCAGGAGUCAGAUUUAAAAUCGUUAAAGUUGCCAAUGUGUCAUUAUUAGCUUUGUAUAAAGGCAAAAAAGAAAGGCCACGAUCCUAGAGCUAUUUAUAAAAAUAUGUAUUUAUAUGAAAUCCUAUAUUAAUAUUGAAUAAAAUAUUGAAAAUCAAGUAUUAUUAAUAAUC